AUGAUAAUAAUAAAUAAAUAUAUACGGAUGAAUAAAAUAGCGAUAUUAUUUUCAUUUUUUAUAUUGAUAUGUUGUACAGGAUAUUCAAUAUCAUAUAAAAUUAAUGGAAUAAAUGAAAAUAAAGUAUUAUCAUUAUCAUCAUCACCAUCACCAUCAUCAUCAUCAUCAUCAUCUCAAAUAUUAGAAAAAGGGAAAGAAGAAAUAAAAAAAAUAAAAAAAACAAAUAAAAACAAAUUAUUAUAUAAUGUAGCAAUAGUAGAUUUAGAACCAAAAUUAGAGAUAGAACAAGAACUAUUAACGAGGAAUAAUAAGAAAAAGAUGGAGAUGAAGGAGGAGAUGGACAUAGCGAUGAUGAUGAUGAAAGCAGCAGAUAGGACUGAUCAAGUAUCAACAUCAUCAUCAUCAUCAUCAUUUAGUGAGGAAAAUAAAAAAAGUAGUAGUGAUGAUUCAGCACCAGCCAUUCAAUCUAAUUUAACAUUUUCUGGUUAUAUGACAGGUGGAGAACAGGUUUGUGACCCAAAAUCAUGUAACAGUCCAUCAGUUUUCACACAAAAUUACCUUUGUAAUACAUCAUCAGCAUGGGCAAAUGGUUAUGUUUUCCAUGAUCCUGUACCACCAACUGGAUUGUUUGUAGUACAUAAGAUCGUUGUAACUUUUACUGGUAUGUUCAAUGUUAUACCUCCAACUAGUAUGGUUUUUUCAUUGGUAAAUGGUGAAGAAAAUGCUGGUAUCUUUUUCAUUUCUAAAAGUUCACCUUCACAAUGUCCAAAUUGUCAAAUAUCUUUUUCACCUCGUACAUUACCAGAUGUUGAUCCAAAUGGUUUAGCAUCAUAUAGAUAUGGUAGUAAUAAUUCAAUUAUAUUUAAUUUAUUUGAAACUGAUGUAGCAUGUAUUGGUAAGGUAACAGCAAAUAUAUUUUAUGGACCAGUUGCAUUUAAGGUGAAUAGUGUGGUACCAAAUACAGCACCAUCUACAGGUGGUGAAACAGUUUAUUUUAUUGGUGAACAAUUUUAUCAAUCAUCACAAAUUCAAUGUAAAUUUGGUACGGUAAUAUCAACGGGUACAUACAUUAAUUCAACUUGUGCCUCUUGUGUUGUACCACCAAUGCUUCAAUCCAAUUCAACCACACCAAGUGAUUACAAUGUAACCAUUCAAUUAAGUGAGGAUGGUGGUUCAAGUUUUUGUUUAAAUACUACCUUUUUCAUUUAUACUGCUGCCUCUAUACCUUUUGUUAAACCAACAAGUCCAAAUUAUCAAAAAAUUAUCUAUAUCGUCGUUGGUGUUGGUAUCGCUGUUUUAUUAAUCAUUGCCGUUGGUAUCUAUUUCAUCAUUAGAUUAAGAAUUAAAAAUAAGAGAUUAAAUGGUAGUAAACAUGCUUUACCAAUUGGUAUAAAUGAUGAUGAAAGAUCACCAUUAUUAAAAACUGAUUAUAAAACAUUAUUUGAAAUUAAACCAAUUGAUAUAUCAGAGAUUGUAGUUCAAAAUAGAAUUGGUAGAGGUAGUUGUGCAGAAGUAUUUACAGGUACAUGGAGAGGUAUUAUUGUUGCAAUUAAAAAGGCAAAAUUAUUGAAUGAAGACGAUGAAGACUUUUUAAAUGAAUUGGCUCAAGAAGCUACAAUCAUGAGUCAAUUAAGACAUCCAAAUAUUUGUCAAUUUUUAGGUACUUGUAAUAAUCCACCUGAAAUUUUAAUAGUUAUGGAAUAUAUGCCAUUAGGUAGUCUCUAUAGAAUUUUACAUGAUCCUUCAAUUUCUCUAGAUUGGCCAAGAAUGAAAUCAAUGGCUUUAGAUAUUGCAAAAGGAAUGAAUUAUUUACAUUGUUGUGAUCCAAUUGUUAUUCAUAGAGAUUUAAAGAGUCAUAAUCUUUUAGUUGAUGAACAUUAUAGAGUUAAAAUUUCAGAUUUUGGUCUUUCAACUAGAUUUAAGAAACAUUUAGAUAAAAAGACUGCAAUGACACCUGUUGGUACACCUUGUUGGACUGCACCAGAAGUUUUAAGAAAUGACCCAUAUACUGAGAAAGCUGAUGUUUUCUCAUUUGCAAUUGUUUUAUGGGAAAUUGUAACAAGAGAAGAUCCAUAUCAAGGUAUGCCAACUUUCCAAAUUGUAAUUUCUGUUGGUCAACAUAAAUUAAGACCAAUCGUACCACCACAAGUAUCAGCUCCAUUCACACGUCUUAUCACUGAAUGUUGGUCUGAAGAUCCACAACAAAGACCUUCAUUCCAAGAAAUCGUUAAAAGAUUGGAAGCAAUGUAG